AUGGCAUCAAAGAUCAUAUUCUUCAUCCUCUUGCUUUCGUUAUCGCUUGUAACGGAAGCUCAGGUUUCUCUUCCUUGCGAUACACAAAGAGAUUGCAUAUUUAUUCACUGCUCGGUCUGGCUAACUCUAUGUAUAAAUAGGCAAUGCCAAUGUCUGUCGACUUAUCAAGCUAAACUCGACAACCUUAAAACAAUGAGUUAUGUCCAGACGUGCAAGUCGAUGAGUGAUUGUGAUCCUCGUAUGAAAUCUACAUGUGUCUCGGGCUCGUACAUGUGUUUUGAAGGCUAUUGUACUUGUGCCCAUUAAUGCCUAGUAUCUAUAUCUAUAAAGUAACAUUUUUUUCUCU